AGCUGCCCUCUGAACACAACCUUACAAUUAAUAUACUUUGUGCUGCCAAUCCUCUCGAACGAAGAAGCAGCAGUGGGAUUUUUUCCAUUUUUUCGAAAAAUUUCGCUCCAAUUUGCAAUUUUUAACAAAUAAAGAGGACAUUAAUUGAUCAAGAAGUGAACUAAGUAAAAGUUUCUUAAAAGAAACAAAUAAAAAACGCAGGCAUUAUGUGGCCACAAGCAUUGCAAAUGACCAGGGACGAAUGUCGAGGCAUAUUACGGAGACUUGAGCUGGAAUCAUAUUCUCAAGUGAUAAGUGUGUUUCGCGCUCAGGGAGGUCUAAGUGAUGCCAAGGCCAAAUUAUUAGAGGAAUUGCGUGGUAUAUUUCAUAUAUCAAAUGAAAGACAUCGUGCCGAAGCCAGACGUGUGGCCAAUGAUGAACAAUUGGCUACAAUUGCAGAAGCAAUUUCUGGCCCUAAUACAUGGCAAGAGUGGUCUCGUGAAGGUAGGCGUCCUUAUCCCAUGUUGCCACGUGUGGCUCCUCAGACAGCACUGGCCCUAUUAGCCAAUAAUGUGGCCGAAGAAACGGCUCAAGAAAAUUCAAAGCUACCAUACCCAGCAGAAACUGCAGAUGCUGUUAAAGAAGAGCAACAACAAAUAGAACUACAAAAAUCUUUGGAAGCUGCCGUAGAGCGCAGUAAUUAUGUAGUAACUAAUGAUCCGUUUCAAAUACCUGAAAUACCACAAAAUCCCAAAAAGAAUCUUAAACGUAAUAGUGAACAUCAUCAGAACAGUGGUGCGGGUAAAAAACGAUCGACAGGCGAAAAUCCAGCUCAACAAGGACAUACACAGACAGCGCGUAAGAAUUAUCCACACAUUACAGCAAAUUCACCACAAACAAACAAUGCAACAUCUUCGACGAAUGUAAGCGGCGAACGCAAACAAAAGCUAAAUGCAACAGACCAAUAUAUGGAGAAGCAAAGAUUUUUCCAUCGGCAGCAUCAAUUGGCUAAACAAAAAAUGGCUAAAAAGGCUGCCGCUGCUGCUGCAGCAGCCAAUAAUGCAGCUAUGGGUGUUGGAGGUGGAGGAGGUACCCCCAUAAAAAGACAGGCGACACCGGCUAAAAGCGGUCGAAGAGCAAAUCAAAAACUUCAACAAGAACAGCAGAAACAGUUGGCCAUGAAACAGUUACAAAUGGAUAUACAACAGCAACAGCAGCAACAACAACAGGUGCCAAUGCAAAUAGAUUUAACUGUUGGUGGUGCAGGUGCAACAACAGCAGCUGGAGCACAAGCUAUACUGACACAACAACAAAUAGACAUGCAAUUUGUUACAUAUGCGACACAUCACCAACAACCGCCGCAACAAAUAUUUAUGGAAAAAGAUAUUGAAAUGGCACAUUCGCAAUUGACGGCGUUGUCGGCAGCAGGUGCAGCACCAACAUCUGCCAUAACUAUACCAGUAUCGUCUUCUAACCAGCAUCCACCUCCCUCUUUAAUAACUCCAUUAUCUUCCCCACAAAUAGCAGCUUCAAAACGUGAUAUUUCCAAGAAUCUUAAUAAAUUACAAAUGCAGCAAAACCAACAACAAUUAUCUUCGAGUGUUUCAAAUAUACCAUCGUCUCUUCCUGCGCCCAUACCAUCGCAUGAUUUACAAACAAGUUUGGGUAGUAUAUUAACUUCGUCAUCUUCAUCAUCAUCCACUAGUGAUAAAAUCAAACCAAGUGAGAAAACUUUAAUAUCUACAACACCAGUUCAAAAGUAUAUUGUAGAGGAACGUCAGCCAGGUGUAUCAAUUAAUUUACCUGCAGGAGCUAAUACUGGCACCUUAGUCAAUAUACAAAAUCCCCAUGGAACGUCAUCAACAACACAAACGCAUAUUAUACAGGUAUCAAAUGCCGGACAGCAGCCACAAAUCAUGAGUUUUCCACAAAUAUCAGCGGCCGCUACAAAAUUGCGUGCUGUUAACACUACUCUCAUAGCACCGGGUACUAAAAUCACUUCUACACCAACGAAAAAGAUUACAACGACUGCUAUUGGUGGCAGCAGCGGUAGCGCUAGUUCUACCAUAAAUGCGGGGGCUUUACACGAAUUAGCCAAUAUUGCCAGCACUCAGAGUCAGGUGUUACAUAUUGUAGAAGCGGGCGGAAAUAAUAACCCCACAAAUGUCCCUCAUGCUACCCCAUUGCACACUCCACCGGCUGUUAUUCAAAUACAUAAUACUGGUGGAACCAAUACAGCAACAUCCCCCGAUAUAUCGACAGCUUCAUCACAAAGUAAGGUCUUAACUACUAAAAUUUUACCUUUGGUUUUAUCAUCGGGGACGACGGGAAAUCAGAGUAAUGCCAAUAAUACUCUACUCAACAACUCAACAUUGGUGAUGGCCUCGUCUCCUACGAGUUCUGUAAGCAUAACAUCAACCACUUCAACAGCUGGAGGAACAACCAUCAUAAAGAACAUACCUUCCAGUAUGGUAUUGAAUACUAGUACUGCAAAUCUAACACCUGUCACUGUUACAAGCACAAAUAAUCCGAUUAUCUCCACGCUGGGCGCUGGAGCUACAGUGUUCCGGAAACCACCAAAUAUAAUAAAAUCUUCGGUAUCUGCUACUACACCAACUAAAUCCACUUCACCCUCCUCAGCCCCACACAUCAUCAGCAAUGUUAAAUUAACUCCGGUCAGCGUAAAUCCAUCCAGUGCUGGAACUCACCUUACCACAACUAGUACCUUUAAAAAUGUGCUACCCUCCACCUCGGGAAUGGUGCGGACAAGUGUUAAAAUUUGCCAGUCACCUAAUGGUAAAGUGUUUAUACAGCCGGCCAAUUUAGUUGAUGGCUCAAAGAUGAAAAUAAACACCGGCACAAUGUCACAUAAAAUUAUAUCAAAUACUUCCACUGCGAACAGUACGGCAACAACAAGCAGUGGUCAACGUAUAGCCAUACAAAAGGUACAGAUUAUACCAGCUCCAAUUGGUUCGCCUGCCCCUGGAGGGGCUCUUCAAACGGCAGGUAAUCAUAUCAAUGCUAAAACGGGUAAAAGUAAUAUGAUUUUCAUGCCCACCUCAGCCUCAAAUGUACGACCAGUAACGCUUUCGAAAAUGGGUAAUAAUAUACUGCUCAAAUCCUCCGCAAAUCAACAAAUGACCCCCACCUCACCCACCACAACAAUAGCGUCAGCUGGUGAUAAUACCAUUGCCAAAUCAAAUAUUGUAGUGUUGGGUCCAUCGCCCACUACGCCGGUAAAGGAACAACUUCCGCAAGGCAUCAAACUCGAAAACUCUCAACUUAUUAAUGAAGAUACACCCCUUGAUAUUCUUAAUAUGCCCAUAGUAAUGGAGCCAGGCGUUGGUGUUACUUCGUCAUCUUCGGCAGCUGAAACCGUAACAGUAUUACAGAGUAAUAUAAUUGAUGCCAGCAAUGUUAGCCCUUCUUCUACUCUAGCUGCCCCCAUCAUCCUAGACCAAACACAUUUACAACAGCCUUCCAAAACGGUUGUUCUAAAUGUAGACUGGGAAAUGAAGUUGGACAUUGAGCAACAGAAUCAGUACAAUAAUAAAAAUCUUAAACAAAACAAAAGAACUUUAUCGACAUCUUCCUCGGCGACCACAUCUACUUCCGGCAAUCAACAGCAAACGUCUACCAGUCCCAGCAGUCAUGUAAUUAAGCAAAAACGUUUAAACAACGAUUACAUUUCAAUGGAGCUCAAAGCAAAGGAAUCAUCGAAUCCUACAAUUGUCACAACAACAAAUUCUGCCAAUAAUAUGAUUGUACUCGAUGAUAGUUUUGAUGAUGUUAUUGUCGAAGAACAUGAAGACGAUGCAUCCUCAGUUACAUCAUUAGAUAAGCAUUCGCAGCAGCAGCAGCAACAUCAACAGCAGCCUUCGGAUGACAUACCAAAAAUAUUGGAUAUGCAAAUAUAUCAACAACAUGAUGGUCACGAUAAUAGAGUUGCUCAAAUAACAACAACAAACAAUAAUGACGAUGUCGACAUUGAUGUUAAUGAUGAAGAAGGUGAUGGUGGUGAUGAUGAUGAAAAACAUCAGUCUAGACAUUUUUUAACUGCUCAAGAAUCAACAACAAGAACUGAAGAUAUUGAUCAGACACAACAAUUGCAUCGUGAAGAGCAUCAGCAACCAUUGCAGCAGCAUGCCGAGUGUGACAUUGAUGCUGGAUUUGAUGAAACAAUUGUUACAGAAAUUGAUGAAAAUACAGCUAUUGAAUAUAUCGAAGAAGACGGUACCAGCUCUAAUGUUUCAACAACGACAACAGCAACAACUACAGCCACCAGCAGCACAAUAUUAAAUAAGAAAAAUAAUAUGCAACAAAAAACAACAACUGCAACUAGUACUUCGGCAGCAACAGGAACAGUCCCAACAACAGUAACAACAACAACUUUAAUCUCAAAACAAGAAGAUAUAAAAACCAGUAAUACUAUUAGCAAUAAUCAUUUAGCUACGUCUAUGUCUGGCGAUAAAAUAUCGGCCACAACAACGACUACAGCAACAAGCAGCAAUGAAAAUUUAACAAUUGAACCAACAGCAACUAAUGCUACACAAGAAACAACAAAAACAGCCAACAACAGUGCAACACAACAGGUUGAACCUUAAAAACAGAAUAUACAAUAUACAACUAAAUACAUAUUUAAUUAUUUUUAUUAUUAUCUUGCUACAAGUUUUUUAUUUAAAUUUUUAUUUACAUAUAAUAAGUCUUAGGUUUCCUUUUUUUUUAAAUAAUUCUAUUGUAAUUAAAAUAAUGUAUAUAAUUUACAUUUCAUUGUUAAUUAGUUUGUUAAUGGAAUUCAUAAUAUGAAUUGAAAUGAAUAAGUUUUUCGAAAGGGAAGAAAGAAUGAAACAAACAAAAGAAAAGAAUUACAGCAAACGCACAUUUUUAAUUAAAUUAAGAAUUUAUUUUUAAAACUCAUAAAAUAAAAUAAAUCACACAUUGUUGUAAAUGCACCCCAACUAUCUACCCUCCUACUCUACUUUAACCAUACAUUCUUUCCUUUCUUCAUUAACUCUUCUUUUUUUUUUUUAAAUUUUGUCUCUGUUUGCAAAAGCAAAACAAACAAAUUCUAU